UUUCAGGUAAAACGCUGCUAUUACGUUCAAGACUGUUGCCGAUACAACUCGUGUGUGGGACGAACUAGAUAAUACAAAACGAUCAUGCCUAAAUACGUGAUAACCUACUUCAACGGGAAGGGUGUGGCGGAGUCCUCUCGCCUGCUGAUGGCAUACGGCGGUGAGGAGUUUGAAGACCGCCGGGUCUCCUUCCAAGAGUGGCCUGAGUUGAAGCCUAAAACUUUAUUCGGAGCUCUCCCGACCCUGGAUAUUGAUGGCCAGCAGUACGCACAGAGCGUGGCCAUCUCGCGGUACUUCGGCCACAAGCACGGGCUGGCUGGAGACACCCUCGAGGAUGCACUGGAGAUCGACCAGAUGGUUGACUAUAUCAUGGAGCUACGUGUCAAACUUUCCGAAGUGCAUUACGAGGCAGACGAGGCUGUCAAGGAAGCGAAAUACGCUGAGCGAAUGAAAGAGGUCUUCCCAACAUACCUGGAGAGAUUCAACUCUAUCAUCACCAAGAACAACGGUCAUCUAGCUCUGGGCAAGUUGACAUGGGCCGAUUUCUUCUUCGCUGGUAUCUUCGGCUACCUGAAGACGAUGCUGCGGAUGCCCGACCUUGAGAAGAAGUACCCUGCCUUCAAGCAGGUCGUUGACACCGUGUACUCUCUUCCCAAAGUCAAGGCGUUUACUGAUGCUAUUCCAAAACCUGAUUUUAAUUACUAGAGAGAAUCUAAAGAGUGUAAUGUAUUAAUAUCUCUCGAACAAAACUGUAGCAAUUAGUUAAGAACUUAUUUAUUAUUUUGUGAGUUUGUGAAUAUGAAUUUGUUAACUUCCACUGUGUUAAACACAAUACUAGCGUGAUACCUGUGUGUGUUAUGUUUAAAACAUAAAAAAAGAUUUAUUAAGGUUAAGUUUAAGAAAUAUUUUUGUAAGCAAAGCAAGUAUUAAUUUUAUUC